AUGUCCGAAAUCGAAAAUGCGGAAGAAUGGAAAGACCGUGUCGCGGUGGUUUAUUGGUUACGUUGCCAACUAGGCAUCAAAAUAAGUGGUGUUCGAACUCGGCAGGUAAAAGGUUCGAAAGCUGUGCUCUAUCAUGCACUUUGAUUGGCAAAUUAAUGGUUUUUUAAAACCAUUAAAAGAAUCCCGCUUCGUUUCUAUUUAUUAUCAUGAAGUGAAACAAUCAUAUAGUCUCAUUACAGAGGUUCCAAAGCAUAUCUCUCCUUUUUUCGCUUAUUUUUAGAGUUUUAUAAGGCCCGUUGACCUUGCCUUUUUAUCAGAGUGUUUGCGGCAGAAGGCUGAACUGUUUCUUGUUUUCAUUGGAAUCUUUUCUGUUUGGCUGAGCUGUUUUUGGGCCGUUUGAGUGUACAUAAAUACAUUAGCAAGAUGAGAAGUUCUGAAGUGAUGCUUUUUGUAUUUAAAACAAUAUUUUCUUACUGUCCGUUUUAUUUUGGACAGACCGUGAAAUGAGCAAAUUUUGAUUACGAAUCCUCUGGAUUUGGUUGAAUUUGCUAGCCAAAGGGGUAAGAAUGGUUAUGUGGACUCGGAAAUUUCCUUGGCGAGACCUGGGUGGACUACUCGUGCUUCAGGGCAAGAUCGGGCUCAGAAACGAGAGUUCACUUUUAAUUGUCGGGCAUUAUAAAUUACGGACUCCAGGGAUCGUAGAUUUGUAUCUUUACCGAAAAAGAAGAGGACCCGGCGCUUUAAUUUGUAAAAGGAAGGGUGGAACGAGCGUCCAGAGAACAGAUGAGCUUGGCUUUUCUGAACUUCCCUCGCUUUUCUGCCUAAAAUAAUGUUUUGUAAACAAUUUAUUCGCGCUUGCAACAUGAAGGAACAAUCGUUUAUAUUUAUUUUUUAGUGUAAGGAAAAGGAAAAUUGGCCGUAUUUUUGGUACGAAAUGACCAGUGUUGAACCUAAUGUAGAUCAGGGCGGAAAGGAGAAGAGAAAGAGACGAUUUGGGGCUAGGACUUCUGCGGAAGAGGUAAUUUAACAAAUUAUUUAAAAAAAUCCAAACAAAAGAACUUCAUACAAACUCGAUAUUACAGUGAGAAACAUGAUUCUUUUUGACCCGUUACCGCAUUCUAUUAGUGUACGUGAUGUUUCAGGCCCUCGAAGGUAUAGAUCUUACCGGAAGAACAGUUCUUAUUACUGGCUCGACUCAUGGAAUUGGGAAAGAAACGGCCAAACAGUUGGCCCAUAAAGGAGCUCAUGUUGUUAUGGCCAAUAGAAACCAAGAAUUGGCCGAACAAGUUCGGAAGGAAAUCAAGGGAGAUAAUGAUAACAUCCAGGUCGACCUCUUGCAAUUGGAUUUAAGCUCCCUUGAAUCCGUCAAAGAAUGCGCUGAGGAGUUUCUGAAGCAGGGAUGGUAAGUUCAUUAGAACUUGCACGAGUUGCUUAAUGUAAUUUUCUUCAAACGUUUUAAUUUCAGGCCUUUACAUAUCCUUAUUUUGAAUGCCGGAAUCAUUUCAAGCCCAGAGAAGCAGACGAAGAAUGGAUUCAGCAGUGUGUUUGGAGUUAAUCAUCUUGGCCAUUUUUAUUUGACUUCACUACUCAAGGAAAAGCUUUUGGAAUCAGCACCGGCCAGAGUGGUUGUUUUAUCCUCAGGCUCUCACCGUCACACUGGCAUAAGCCCGGCAGCUCCAAUUGAAGAGAAAGUCAAAGCUUUGACUCCUGGGCCAGACACAACUGUUAACGGUUAUCGCCAGUAUGCUUUGUCAAAGCUGUGCAACGUCUUAUUCGGCUUCAAACUUCAUCGGGAUUUAUUUGAUAAAGGAGUAAUUGUUAAUGUUGUUCAUCCUGGAAAUAUGGUUCAAACGAGUAAGUAAAAAUUGAAGUAUUGAUUUUUCUACGAUUUCGAAUUUUCAGAUAUCGCGAGCUCCUACGGUCUUCUCGGCAAGUUUGCUUACCUCUGUGUUAAACCUUUUACUAAAAAUAUGAGUCAAGGAGCAUCGACCUCUGUUUAUUGUGCAGUUCAUCCCGAUCUCAACGAGGUAGGCAUAUAGUUUUGGCAUUGAUCGUCACUAAGACCAACGUGGUCAUAGCCGACCCAGUAAAAGAAGGUUUUUGAGGCCUCCAGGUUUAGCCUUUGGGAAAACCAAACUUUCCUAAUCUUGUCUACCAUUAAAUUGGACCAUUUUCUUCUUGUCUUUCGAAUAUUUGUUAGCUUGUAUAAAACAAUCUUCCAGGUCGGUGGAAGAUAUUUUGAAUCCUGCUGGGACGAUGAUUCGAACCUUGCCGGAGCGUUGGCCAAUGAUGUGGAAUUGCAGGAUGCAUUGUGGGAAAAGAGCGUUCAACUGAUUGAACAGGCUGGAUUUACUGUUUGA